AGAAGAUGCAGAGGUUAUCAGUGCAUCAUUGGAACUGGAUGAAAAGCCUGAGCAUAUGGGCCAUGACAGUGAGUCAUCUAGCCAAGCUGAAACACACAAACCUGAGGAUCAGCUGACAGCCAGAAAGAGUGACACCACUGAAGAGGAGAAGGUGGAGGACCCAGUGUCCAGGAUUGUGGGACUGAGUGAGGUGCCGUCCCUGGAAGACAUUAUGCAUGAGGUGGAGGAUAAAACAGUGGGAGAUGUGGCAGAAGAGGUGGAGGGAUGGGACACUUCCAAGUCCAGCUGCAAGGGGGAAAAGGUGGAGCAUGCCAGCAACUCUGAAACCAAAGUCAAAACCCAGGAAGAAUGCACCAAUUGGGACAGCCCUUUGUUUGUGGAAGUAAAGGUGGAGCCAGUGAAAUGUGAGCAUGACACUUUUGGAGAGGAGCAGGAUGACGGCAACUACGACCUGUACCGUGGGGCUGACGAGAUCGCAAAGGAGCGAAGUGAGCAGAAACAGCUGGAGCCACUCAUUCAGAUAACACUUCCUGGGGUUCAGGAUAGGAGCAGUGUGGCGCCAGCCAUGGAUGUUCUCUCCUACAGUCAAAGAGAGUGGAAGGGCAAUACAGCCAAAAGCACCCUCAUCAAAAAGGGGUACGCAGAGCUGUCGCAGAGUUUUGGAGAUGUCCGCCGAGUCAGGGGAGAUAACUACUGUGCCCUGAGGGCCACACUCUUCAAGGUGCUAUCUCAGAGCAGCAAGCUUCCUGCCUGGCUGCAGGAGGAUGACACCAUUCUGUUGCCGGAGAAGCUGGUAACUGAGGAGGACCUGAUUGAAGGCUGGAGGUUUCCUCUGGAGCACAGGGAGGAGGCCAAGAUGGGAGGUGCUGUGGAACAGCUAAAACAUUGCCUGCAACUCCUCCAGAAAAGGUUUCGGGCAGCAGCCGAGGCAGGCAGCGAGGAGAAGAGGCAGCAGCUGUGUGAGGAGGUUUUCCAGGGCGGAGAGGAGGAGUAUGCGCUCCUGGAGGCCCUGAAGUUCCUAAUGCUCAGCUCUGCCACAGAGCUGCACGCGCGCAUGCAGCGCGGCGACGACGUGCCCAUCUUCUGCUGGCUGCUCUUCGCCCGUGACUCCUCCACCUGCCCUCGCACAUUCCUCGCCAACCACCUGAGCCAUGUGGGUUUCAGCGGCGGUCUGGAGCAGGUGGAGAUGUUUCUCCUGGGUUACACCCUCCAGCACACAAUCCAAGUGUACCGGCUCUAUAUGGCAGACACGGAGGAGUUCAUCACCUACUACCCUGAUGACCACAAGGAGGACUGGCCCCAUGUGUGCCUUGUGACUGAGGAUGACCGCCACUACAAUGUGCCAGUGGGAAAACCCGUGGGCUUAAACUCCCAGAAUCUCCCACAGUAGAUUGCCCACCACAGAAGCAUUCCUAAUUCCUAGUACAGUGCCAAGACCUUUUCAAGGUUCUGACAGGACAAUAUGACUCUCGUAGCUAUUGGAUUUGCUCUAAUAUGAUGAGGGUAUUCAUUACUGGACUUCCAUCUUGUGCUGACAAUGGUAAGCAACAAGCAUGAGGCAGACACUUUUGGUUCUCUGAACUGUUGUAGAGUUAUAUGGCUAGAAAUGUUGACAAUUUAAAUAAUCUUGCCUUAAUUAAAAAGUAUGCAAACUGGUGAACUUGUGGGACAGCCGCUCACAGGUAUGGUGUAAUUCUGUGGAUGAUUGCCUUCAGAGUUUUUUGCUCGACUUUUCUGAAAGUCGAGCAAAUGUUUUACAUUACAUUACAUUAUAUCAUUUACCAGAUUUUAUGGAAGUAUUUUUCAGGCUUGUGUUCUGUUCACUUCCUAUGACUGCUUGACUUUGCAAGCUGUGGUAUUCAGACUGUAUAGUACAAAUCAUGUGGUGUUAGUGGCGUGAAGGGGCUGGGAAACCUGAUGGAUCACAGCUCUAGUUGAAUAACCAGGCCCAGAGUUGAGUAACCCCAACCUGGUAGUGUCAAGGUAGUUAGGUGGAUUUGCCUGGCACUGAUUGUGGUUAGUAUGUAUGGAUAGGCUAACGGUCCCUCAUAGUCUACAUCAGUCAGUUGCAGUCACCCAGUUUACUUGCUUAUCUAUCACUCCUGAUUCAGAAUAUUUGUUUCUCAUAUGCAGUGUACCAUCAACAGUACCCAGUCAUAUGGAAUCAGACCUUCACCACAAGGUGGCACUCACAAACAGACUGUAUCUCAUAGGAUGAAUGAGCUGUAUUGUACAUACAGUAACAUGGGGGAGAACAGUUGCCU